AUGGUAUUUGUGUGCACUUCUGGGGACCGCUUUUACCUGCGUUCGAUCAGCACUGGGAUAUUUUCGAGUCUAAGUACGUCUACGAAGAUCCAGCUUAUGGUGUGA